AUGCAACACGUCAAACAUCCAACGGAUUCCGAUGCUUUCCUGGGUAUGGGUGGAUUGAUAGAUCAAAUAGUGCAUGAUGGUCAGAUGGACGAAAGCCGCCUCGAUCAGAUACUUUUCUCAUCGAAUGCAGGAUCCAGCGGCAGUUGGACAGAGCACAAUCAGAGAGAUCUAAGAGCAAUGGACAUUUUUUGCCAUGAUAACCGUUGGAUAGCUGAUGCACCUUUGCCUCCUGAUGAUGAUUUCGAUCGAUCCAAUCAUUCAGUGGGUUCUACGUUACCGGAUCAAACCACUAUGCGCCAGUCCUAUAACCGAGAGGAACAGCAACAAUCUAUGGGAAAUUGUCGUUUUGGUGCAGGCAACCACAAUCCUUUUCAAAGUUACCCAUCUCAUCGUUUGCCUGGACUUCCUCCAAAUCAGGCUCGACAUAAUGGUGGUAUGGGAUAUCCGCCAAAUUCUCAACGGCCUUUGGUCGUUGGAGAUUCUUCAUCACAAGUACAUACUUACACACAGCUUCAGGUA